AUGACCUCGUUGCUAUCUCCAUCAUCCAGUGUUGCUGAUCAAUCACUCCCACACGGGCGGCAACAUUUCGGAGCAUCAAACCAUGAUGUAAACAAAAAGCUGCUCCGAGAGGAAAGCAAGGAAAAUAUAAACCCAUCAUCAUCAAAUUUUAAUAAUAACAAUCGAAACACUCACCUCAGUAAAAACGCCAGAGUGAGAAGCAGUACGACCAUCAUUCCUACUGCAACUUCGGGAUCAACGAUUCUUCUUCAACACGCUCAAAGCAUGAAUAACCUUGACACAUCAUCAACACAACAAACUAUCGAUGACAAAAAGCCAUCGGUGCAGCGACCCAAUACAUCUUCCACGAGAAGAGCCAAGUCUAUUGGUGUCAAAGACAAGAUUGCUUUAUUUGAUUUAUACGCUCCUUCAUUGACUCCUUCUGAUAAAGUUUUAAAAACAAACACCAACGAAGAAAUGAUUUCACUUACCACCCCAAUGAAUGUACCAUCAUCCUCUUAUUCAAAAUUUUUCCUUAAAAAGUUUCCAAUUUUAAAACAUCAAGUAGAUCCUAAAAAUGUCAAAGGAGGAGGUUUUAUUGCACCCUCACCCAGAACUUGGGAAAGUGUAACGGACAAGAUGUUGACUCCAAUAACAAGAGAAGAGCAACAAAUAUUUAAUCAACCUAUUGUGACCACUGUGGUUGAGCCUUCUGCAGCAUUUGACGUGUUGCCAAGGAGUGUUCAAGCACCUUUUGCAAAAGAUGGAAUGCAUACCAAACUGCACAUUCCUCAAUUACCACUGGAUACUCUUGACAUGUUACGACCUGACUCUUUUGGUAAUAGUCUCAAUUCAGUCCGUGUUAAUUGGAUAAAGAGUGAUGAUAUAACUGAGCGAUCUAUUUCUCUUACAUCUAGGGCUGACUCAGUGUUACUGGAAAGACAGCCAUUGACAAGUAGAGCAGCAAGUGCUGGAACAGGUCGAAGAUAUCAACCUGUAAAACAAGGUGGCUCCAAAUCCCUUCCCUCCACAUCACAGCGGAAGAGACGGUCUGAAUCUCCUUCGUCACAAGUAGAACAAGAAGAAGAAGACAUUGAGGAAGAAUACGAGAUGGAAGAAGGGCACUUUUUAAAAGACUCUGAUCUCAGCCAGUAUGAACAUAACGUCGAGUCAAUUUUCAAAACCUCAGAAUCAGAAAAUGAAAUUUACGAUUCGCUAAAGUCGUCUUAUUACCUUAACGUAAAAGAUGAAAAGAACAAGAGAAAGGGUAAAGAUCAUAUUUCUAUAGAGGAGCAUGUAAAGAUUACGAAUGACCUAAUUUUUAAGAUCACUUCUUCUUUCAAAGAAAAGGUGCGAAAAAUAGAGCAGUCAGUGAAGAAAGAGUUUGAAAACCUAACAAAACAUCAUUCAAAACGAAUUAAUCACAUUGAAGAAAAAAGAUCAAACAGCAUUGUUAAAGAGUUUAUUAGAGAUGUAACCAUACGAAAACAAAACCAGAAAUUGAAAGAGCAAAUGGCCGAAAUGAAGAAGAGGUAUGACGAAGCUAUGGAAUUGCUGAGUGAAAUGAACUCAUACAAGCAGAAAUAUGAAAAUUCAAGACGAGAAUUUGAAAAGUAUUACAAUGAUCGGCCGUCUAAGCGAGCAGAGAAUACUAUUACCACGAUUAUGGCAGAGAAUGAUAAAAUGACUUUAAAGGAGAAGCAAGAUGUCAUGUCUGACUUUUUAAAACACUUUUACAACGAAGAUGGAACCUUAAACGAGAAAGCAAUAUUCGACAUGUUUGUUGUUAACAAGGAGCUUCAUGAAAACUUGUCUAGAACUAGAGACACAGUUUCAUUUUUACGAGAUCAACUUUAUGAAAAACAAAAAGCUGGGGGAGCUGCUAAUCAAAAAGCACAGAUUCCAUUUUUCGAUGCUUCGCUUAUCAAGUCGCAACAAGAAAAGCAAGUCAUGCAAGGUCUUAGUCAGGCUCAAUUCGAUGAACCAUACCAACCACCACAACCUCCUGAUCCAAACGUUGUGUAUGAGCUCAGGCAAAGGAAUGAAUACUUGAAAAAGUGUUAUGAAGUGUUGUCACAAAAGGUUAUUCUUGCUGAUAGGGUGGCUCUUCGCAUUAAGACCUUAUACGAGGGCGUGGAAAAGUAUACCAAAUGUACAAGCUGUAAAGAACCAACACUGAAACCAAAAAUCCUAUGUUGUGGACAUGCAUUUUGUGUGAAAUGUUGCAAUAGCGACAGGAUCAAAAGGUUAGAUGAAGCUACUAAUUCAUAUCAUUACCAUUGCUCUGAAUGUAGAGACAUCACAGAAGAGUUAAUUGAUAACAAGAACCUCAAUGAGCUCAUAUCAUUUACCAACGAAAUUGAUAUUGAAAUUUCAGAGCUGGAAAAAAGCAUUCAAGAUGCCUUAUCAAUGACCAAACUGGACCCAACGAAAAAAAGUUCUCUUGCAACCGUAUUGUCUCCAAGGCCAAACAGUGGCAUUACUACAGAUUCCAUAAAAUAA